AUGGCUGGUAUGAGCCCUUUGAGUAUGUCAAGACCUGGCAUUGAUGAUAAACCUGGAUUUUGGGAGAGUCAUCCCGCUUGGUGGGGCUAUUGGGGAGACCUCAUCGAUGGCGUCAGUGUCUGGGAGUCAGCCUGGCCCGAAGUGCGCGGCACCAACGAAGGUGAUCUGUCCAGAGAUAUCAAGGUCAUGGGUCCUCUGCAAAAGAAGGGCAAAACCUUCAUAAUCACAACUCUCCUUACGCAUCCAUUUCGUUUGAAAGUUAUGUUGGCUGUGAUUUGA